CGAUAAAGUCGUUAUCGUUUCGAUAAGCAAAUCGGCACAACAUUUUCCUCAAAUGCUCUCCUCAAGGGUCUUGCUUUAAGCACAUGGAACUACGACUUAGCAGUUUGUCUCUAUAACAUGAUCGAUUGCGGCCUGUUUCACUAUGAAGCGGACUGCAACUGAUGAGAACGAGGAGCCUAAUGGGCCUCAAGCCAAAAGAAGCAGGGUUGUUGAUCCCGGUUCCGCUCAUGACCCCGACUUCGAACUCGAUGUUGACGAUGCCGGCUCUGACGUGGAAUCCCACUAUACCGGAACGGCGUCCACUUUUCCGGCGAACGAUACUCCGUUAACUCCUCUUUCCCCCGCGCGCAAGUUUCCUUCGGACCUCAAAACGAUCAGAUGCACAUUCCCCGAUUGCGACAAGACUUUCAACCGUCCGGCCCGUCUUGCUGCUCACUUAAGAUCUCAUAAUAAGGAACGACCCUACAAGUGUUCAUUCCCGGGUUGCGACAAAGACUACAUUGAAGAAAAACACUUAAGACAGCACAUCAAGGGUUCCCACACUGACGAGCGCGAACAUGUAUGCACCCACCCUGAUUGUGGUAAGAGUUUCAUGACAGCCACUCGUCUGAGACGACAUCAGGCUGUUCAUGAGGGCCAAGAAAGAUUCAGAUGUCGAGACUUCCCACCAUGUAACCAGUCCUUUCGCAAGCACCAAACUCUACAACGCCACAUCCGUGCUGAGCAUCUUCGCGUUGCUCCUUACACAUGCGAUUAUAAAGAUGGCACAUCGGGAGAUGUUUGCGGUGCUGGAUUCGAUAGCGCUGGAGCUCUUAGACGCCACCAAGAGCGAGAACAUGGCGAGAUCCGCUUCUGGUGUGAUGAAUGUAGCGCUCGGCAGAAUAAUGCUGAAGAUGGUCAGCCCAAGAGAGUUGGAUUUACGACAAUGGCCCUGUUGCAAGCCCACAUGAAGCAAGACCAUCUCAGCUGCAUGUUUUGUGGGAUUCAAUGCAAUGGCAGAUCAGCUCUCGAGCAGCACAUUGACUCGGAGCACUCUAAUCCCAAGAGCGUUGAGGAACGAAAAACUGUUGCUUGUACGUGGCCGGGCUGCACUAAAACGUUCACUAAGAAAUCGAACCUGAAUGUUCAUAUACGAAGUUUCCAUGAGGGCAUGCGGUUUGUCUGUGGAGAGGUUGAUCUUAGUGGUACAGAAGACUUGGCUCACUGGUUAAAAUCCAAUGGCUGCGGGGAGAGCUUCGUUACCAAAGCUAACCUUGAGAACCAUGUUCGUUAUGUACAUCUAAAAUACGAACGACCGGAACAGGCUCAGGGAAGCUCCAAGCCCAAGCAUCACGACCCGUCUAACAUCUUAGAAGAGCUUACGGGUGUAGGAGAGAAGUCUCGAAGAACGCUGCCAUGUACGAUUUCUGGCUGUACUGCUAAAUUCGUGCAUAACGGUGAACUAGAGGUACACCUUCAAAGUGAGCAUAUCAUUGAGCAUGCGAUACAACAGCUUGCGGGGCCGGCAGAAGACCCGAUGCUGCCUAUGGAAUAUGACGGCAUGGCGCAAAGGGGAGGUAACUUUGGAGACCGGAUAUGUCAGGAAUUGAUGAUUAUGGAUGAUAUUGAGCCGUACGGUACAGUGGAACAGGGGUUUGGCGAGGAAUGGUUUCACGACGAGGCCGAGAUGAGGCAGCUCAUCCAGCCGAAUGAUUUGGAGGGCUUUAUUGACCCGGCGUUAAAUGAUUUGCCGUAAGGCCUAUGGCAGGUAGAGGAAAAAGUUAUGAUACCCUUUGCUUUAUGAAAAUGAAUGAGGAAUGAGCCAGAUUUGGCGCCCUUGUUUUACGAAUAAGAUACGAAUGAGACCAAUUAUUGACCUAGCAUUUGUUCUGUAGUGAUAUGUACGAAUUUUCCUAUUAUACUUGACGUUUGUAUUACUUUUUCUGUUUCUCAUUGUUAUUGUUUUACUAUAUACAGGUAGGUACCUAUGGUCUAUGAGAAGUC